CAUCAUGUCGAUAGUGAUAAAGUUACUGCUAAUAUAACUAAAACUCAGUACGAUGGUCAUUAUGAUAAACUUCAUGGUAUUGAUGAAAAUCUAUUUCGUCAUGGAGAACGAGCUCCUACAAUGUUAUAUCCAUCGGAUCCAAAUGAUAUAUCUUUUUGGUCUAAUGGACUUGGUUCAUUAACAAUACGUGGAAAAUUUCAACAUAUUCUUCUUGGUCAAUAUUUUCGUGAACGUUACUCAACAUUGUUGAAUUCUACUUAUGUAGCAUCUGAAAUUUUUGUUCGAAGUUCAGAUUAUGAUCGAACGUUAAUGUCUGCCUAUUUAACAUUACUUGGUCUUUAUCCUUCAUCAAAGAUUAAUAUAUCGAUCGAACAUUUAAUUACAACUAAUACUUGGCCAGAAAAUCUUCCAUGGCAGCCUAUUCCUGUUCAUACAGUACCUAAAUCAAUCGACCAUGUUGGUUUAUUUUGA